GCCAGAGCCCCAGAGGUACCAUGGUCUGCCACACUCUCUUUCCCCUGCUCGUCUUUGCGACAGGUUUAAGAGUACAGAGUCUGCCUAUAACAACCACCUUUCCUGUUUCUCUUCCGGAAAAACUGACCACAUUACCUCCUACCUGGACCAAUCCACCACAGAAUACUGUUGAUGUAAGCACCUCCUCCAGCAAUAACACACAAAAUAACUCAUUAUUAACAGUGACAUUGUCAGCUGAGACAACUCCACUUCCUGGAAACAUAUCAAUAACAUCAAGAGACCCAGAAAGCACCAGCAAAGUCUCCAAACAAGAAUCAGUAGUUACCACUGUUGGUCAGAAGGAGAAAGGAACAGAGCAGAACCAAUCCUUGCCCACAAUAUUACCACCAAGCAGCCAAGACCAGUUCACAACCACAGUUGUAGGACUCAUUUCUACAAUUCCAGAAAUCAAUAAUGGUACUGAAACUCUAAGUACAAUUUCCCCUUCUCCAUCAGACAUAGCAGCAGCCACUUCCCCUCAAGCAUCAUCCUCACCUUCUUCAUCACCAUCUUGGUUGCCACCAAAAGUGUCUCCAACUAGUAUAGUCACAGACCCCAUUAUAGCUGAAAAUACAACCCACCAGGAGGGCAGUGAAGGAUUCUUGGGAACUCCCACAGCUACACCCCUUGGAGCUGAACACACUCCUAAUGAGACACCAACACUCCCUACUUCAUCUGGACCCAUGACAGAAGAGACCACUUCCCAAGUAACAGUGCCAACCUAUGAGGUGGAGGGCACUGACAGUGGUACAGUGUCCCCUCGGAUUAUCAUGGAAGAAGUUGAACAUGCAUUAAGUUCAGUUAUCAGUGGUCAUCUCAAAGUACUAGCAGCUGCCCAAUGGCAUUCUUCCUACGGAAGGCUACUGGAUGACCAUGACUACGGAUCCUGGGGCAAUUACAACAACCCACUUUAUGAUGACUCCUAA